CAGAAUCGAUUGGUGUCUGGUUAACUAUGCCGGAAAUCGAACAGGUGACCGACAAUACAGAGCCGGAGAUUGGUGAAUUAUUGCCGGAGAAUGCUUUAUUUGGAAAAUAUGAGGUCGGAAGGUUGCUCGGCUGUGGAGCCUUCGCUAAGGUCUACCAUGCCAGAAACAUUAGAACAGGACAAAGCGUCGCCAUUAAAGCCAUCAGUAAGCAGAAAAUUAUUAAAGGAGGUCUUGUCUCUCACCUGAAGCGGGAGAUUUCAAUCAUGCACCGGUUGCGCCACCCUCACAUAGUGAAGCUUUACGAGGUUCUCGCCACCAAAACUAAGAUCUAUUUCGUAAUGGAAUUCAUCAAGGGCGGAGAGCUCUUCGCCAAGGUUGCUAAAGGUCGUCUCAACGAAGAUCUUAACCGUCGGUACUUCCAGCAAUUGAUCUACGCCGUUGGUUACUGUCAUUCUCAUGGCAUCUUCCAUAGAGAUCUGAAACCAGAGAACGUUCUCAUCGAUGAGUGCGGAGAUCUUAAAGUUGCAGAUUUCGGACUCAGCGCCUUAACUGAACAGAUCAGAGACGACGGUUUGUUACACACGCUUUGCGGAACCCCUGCUUAUGUGGCACCGGAGAUUCUCGCUAAGAAAGGUUACGAUGGUGAUAAGAUUGAUAUCUGGUCAUGCGGCAUCAUUCUCUACGUUUUGAAUGCUGGUUAUCUCCCUUUCAAUGAUCCAAACCUCAUGAAAAUGUACAAGAAGAUCUACAGAGGAGAAUUUCGGUGUCCGAAAUGGUUUUCGCCGGAGCUCCGACGACUACUUUUACGCCUCCUUGACACGAAUCCUGAGACUCGAAUCACGGUAAACGAGAUUCUCAAUGAUCACUGGUUCAAAAAGGGAGGACUUAAAGAGCUGAAAUUCCAUGACGAAGAAGACGAUUUCCUCUCUUUGAAGGAAGUUGAUAAAGAGGAAAAACAGAGCUUCAAUUUCUUGAACGCCUUCGACCUAAUCUCCUUCUCAUCGGGUUUCGAUUUGUCGACUCUAUUUAACGGCUCCGAUAAACUGGUCAAUAGGAAGAGAUUCGUAUCGGAUCAGUCACCGGAGAGAAUAAUCGAGAAACUCGAGGAGGUCGGAAAGCGAGAAGGUAUAUCGGUGAAAUUGAAGAAAGAGUGGCGGAUUGAUUUGCAGGGGCAAAACGGUAAUUUGGAUGUCAGAAUUGAGGUGUACCGGUUGACGGAGAAGCUGGGAAUGGUGGAGGUGAAGAAUAAUGACGAUGAUGUACGGUCCGGCGAAAGUCUUUGGAGUACGAAGAUUCUACCGGAGCUGAACAACCUGGUGUAUCGACCGGAAAUCCCGGUGGUUUCCGGUGACUCCGUUGUUUCGUAACAUUCCACCGGUGGAUCCACCCGAAUACCCAUCGGGUUC